CACGUUGCAGCAGCUAUGUCUUUCCGUAAAGAGCGCGGACGCAGCACCGCGCUGAAUUUGGUCCCUCUGGAGACGCCGUCCGGGCGCCCGCCUCGCUCACAUCACGUGACCGAGUCUUUCCGUGAAGCAGGAAGCGUUUUGCUGCGGGGUCUAGGACUGGGGCCGAUAGCGGGCGGGAUGGAAGCGACUUUGGAGCAGCAUUUGGAGGACACAAUGAAGAAUCCAUCCAUUGUUGGAGUCCUGUGCACAGAUUCACAAGGACUUAAUCUGGGCUGUCGUGGUACCCUGUCAGAUGAGCAUGCUGGAGUGAUAUCUGUUCUAGCCCAGCAAGCAGCUAAGCUAACCUCUGACCCCACUGAUAUUCCUGUGGUCUGUUUAGAAUCAGAUAAUGGGAACAUUAUGAUCCAGAAACACGAUGGCAUCACAGUGGCGGUGCACAAAAUGGCCUCUUGACACAUCUCGUCAGUUCUCCAGCAGCCUGCCGUAGGGAUUCAGUCCUCCCUGUGUUAGUUCACUUGUGAGACUAUGAAAGUUCCAGAAGUUAGGCCAUUCACCUAAUGUCCACUGUGGACUUUGUUAUUUAUGUGACAGCCAGUUACAAGAUGUUAGUUGGAAAGGAUUGUGGGUGUUUUGUUUGGGCUUUUGUCAUUUUGCUCUUUGGAGACAGUCACUGCAGUCCAGUUUUGCAGCCCAUCAUUGCCUAGAACUGUGGAGCCCAGGCUGAUCUCAAACUCAUGGUCUUCCUGCUUCCAACUCCUGCAUCCUGUAUAGGCAUUUGUCACCAAGGUCCAGGUCACUUUGUAUAUAUAGAACUUCGUUGUGGUCAAUAAAUCCAUUUAGAAGAAA